AUGGUUGAAGCCGCUGAAGCCAACCUUUCAGUCCGUGCAGCGGCGCUUUCCGUAGAUAAGCGAGCAGCUGAGCUCGAGGCCAUCUGUAAAAUAUGCAAAGAAGUCUGUUCAGGGGUUUCAUUCGCCCUCGCUGCUCCAGCAGCGGAGUCAGCUGCCAUGCGCCUUCCCAAAAGUUUCCUCCUUUUAGGUGGCAUCCAAAUGGUAAAAACUCUCGCUCACUUUCUCUAUUUUUGUCUAUCUAUCUGUCUGUCUAUCUCCCCCACCUCUCUCUCUCUCUCCCCCCCUCCUCUCUCUCUCUCUCCCCCCCCUCCUCUCUCUCUCUCCCUCCCCCACCUCUCUCUCUCUCUCUCUCCCCCCCCACCCUCUCUCUCUCUCCCCCUCUCUCUCUCCCCUCUCUCUCUCUCUCCCCACCUCUCUCUCUUCUCUCUUUCCCCCAUUCUCUCUCUCUCUGAUUUUUCUCUCUCGGUUCGUCGGUUCGUUUUUUUUUCCUUUGCCUUUUUUUUCUCCUUCGCUGCUACUUUGUUUUUUUCUUUUUGGUUCUUCCUCAGUUACGUUUUCUUUCUUUUUUUCUUCUCCUCCUCCUCCUCCUUCUUCUUCCUCUUCUUCUUCUUGACUCCGCCCCCUUCUCUUGACUUUCUGAUUUUCUUUCCUCAGCUUCCUACAUCCGUUUUCCCAUGCUUGCUUUUUUCAUUUUUUUCUCCUCCUCCUUCUUCUCCUCUUUCUUCUUCUUCUUCUUCUUCUUCUUCUUCUUCUUCUUCUUCUUCUUUCUGUUAUUUCGCUCCUCUCUUUACUAUCUUCAUUUAUCUUAUUCUUCAUUCAUGUUUGCCUUUUCCGUGUACAUCUUCUUCUUACCGCCUCCAUCUUCUGUCCUUUACUUUUUCCUUCUCUCUUUUCUCUCCUGUCUUUCUUUUUCUCCCUCUCUCUCUCUCUCUCUCUCUCUUGAUGUUACUCGCCUGUAUUCCUGUUUCAUUUUUGUCUUCUUUGUUUACUUUUUCUUCUAUACUUUUUCUCGUCUUUCUUUUUCCCUCUCUGACCUCGCCGCUUGGCUUCAUUCGUCUGCAACUUUUGAUCGCUUCCUCAACUGAUGUUCCAACAUUACGCCACAGACUGACUCUGACGGCGAGUGACUACAUCGGGACACGGACGCUCUGCCUAAACUUCUCGAAAAAAAUCACUGCACGAAAUCCGAUCAAAUUACUUCGGGCAGAAUUCCAAAGAUUUAUCAAAGAAACAAUUCUUGACUUACAUCAAUGA